AUGAGCUGUCGAAUCAUACACGAAACAUCUACUUUCACCGAAGGAGCUCUGGCUGAGCAACUUUUCAAGCUGGACGCAACCGAUGUUCCAUGUGGAUUUCUUCCAGUAAAAGGCGAUGGAGAGGAAGUUCUGGAAAUACUAUUUUCCAAAAAUCCCGCUCAUCUUCGCAUGUACGGAAGUUCUGAAGAGCUUACAACUCCAAUUGUGUACAAGAGUCUUCGAAACGAGGCGUUUAUUCAUAAAUCCGAUGUUUUCCCGCUUCUCUUUGAGGCUUUUCGGACCACUUGCAACUCAACGUUUCAUCACCUCGUCUGGUCCAUGCUCUCUGUCAUGCUAAAAUCUCGAGAAGAACGCUUAGAUGCCACCUGUGAAUUCGUGAAAUACGAUGAAAGUUUAUUCAAAAAAUUCCAAACAGAAUAUCAGGAAAUUAAAGAUGGCUUAAGGUUCGAAAUGAUGAUGAUGCCUGAUAAGAUUGUGAUUAAGCCGAAAAACUACAAAUUCGAGAAGAUUUUCAGUCGAUUUAAGGCGUUGACACUGAAAUGGAGGGAUGAUUCAUUUCAAGACAUUAAGGAGAUUCUAAUGGGAUAUUUUCAACGUUCGGAGCCUGGAAAUCGAGAAAGAUUGUCUGUUAUCAUUGUUGGGUUGGAGUACUUGGCUGAAUAUUUGAAUGAUAUCACUAAGGCACAUCCAGAGAUGUUUCUGCCCUAUGAUAAAGUGACAAAUGCGCACAGUCCAAUUGGUGUCCGAAUUUUCGUGGACCACAACGAGCGAUUCGUAAUGAAAUCGGAGCUGUUCAAAGCGAUAAAUCUAGUGAAUCCGAAGAAAAAAUCGAUAAAAUAUGAGGAGGAAGAUUUGAUUCUAUGCAUGAAGCAUUCAGAAGUUGUGGAGGAAUACAAGGAUUUAUUGGGAAAAAUUGAAUUUAUUCAAAUCGAAAUUCCGCGUACAAAACAUGCGGCGGUGCCGAUUCUGACUCCGCCCCUUUCUUACUGUAUCCCGGCAGUUGAUGCACUUUUUGAAAUCUUUAAUCGAUUGAUUUUCGGUCAUCAGAUAUUCCAGAAGUUUACAAAUGACUCGUGGCCAGUGUUAGCUGCUGCUUUGGCUAAUUUGACCCCGUUUUUCACACCGUAUCAUGUUAGUUUUUUAUGGUUUUUCAAAUUUCAGAUUCUGUUUAAAAAUCUGAAAAUCGAUUUUCUUCAAAUACUCAGAAAAAAACCGAAAAAAAGAUACAAUUAUUUCCUCCGCCGAAAAACGAUUGAAUCGAUCGACGAGAAGCUUGAGAAUUUCUGUGAAAAAUUCUCGAAAAUCCAACUCCAACUAUUCCUUCACACCCAAAACGCAUGCCAUCGUCUUCCGAAUCUCCACUGCGAUCAGUGUUCCUUAUCACCAAGCACCGCGAAAUUCAAAAAUUCGAAAUGGAUCGAUUUUCGACACGACGAAGUGGAUUGCUCAUUCGGAAAACAUUUAACACUGCCGAAUGGAAGUGUUCUCCUCAUGAAUUAUGUUUUAUUGAAUGCAGAAGACGUUAAACAAAAAAACGAAUUCAAAUUUUUCAUUUUGGACGACGACGAUGGAGCAGAAGUGACGAAACGGCUGGAUUAUUUAUCAUUUAAGAGUAAAGAGGGCACGAAAGAUAAGGAGAAUUUGAGGAGUUUGGAGGCGUUUCAGCGAUUCUAUCCCCAGAAAAAGAUUUAUAUUAGAGCGAUUCAAUCGGCGGUUUUGAGGAGAUAUGAGAGACGCAGAGUGUUUACUGAUGAGGUUUUGGAUGUGAUUGCUGUAGUUUUGAGACAACAGAAUACUCCGAUUCAGGAAGACGAUGAUGAAGUUUUGCAGAUUGUUCCUGAUCAAUUCCAUGAAUUGGGAAUGAUUGAAAUGGUCGAAAAUCUUGGAAACGAGCUGUUGGAAGUGAUUAAUCCAACGGGAUCGAUGAUGAUUCGUACCCAACAAGCCGUGUUUCAUGUGUUCCAAUCGAUUUUGUGUAAUGUAAAUUGGACGAAAAAAGACAAUUGUAAGAAGCAUCGGAAUUGUUUGGAGAGCCUGAGAAGCGCCAUCGUUGCAUUGAUGAAGGAUUACGCGGCGGCGCUGGAAGAGGGCUCCUAUGUCUGGAUUAUCCACGCCGACACCCAUUUGGAGCAGCUCAAAAAUCACUGCCAUUUCGAGAGGAAUCCAAUUGAGACAUCUCCAUUUUCACGUCUUCAACAGCUCACACCAAACACAAUGGUCCAGAAUUCCACGUGGAUUGCGGAAUUUAAAAAUUUGGGAUUCCAAAAAUUCCUAAAAUUUGACGCCAUCGAAGAGAAGGCGUUGUGCAAGGCGUGGGAAUGGCGUCGUCGAUUCUUCGAAGCGUACAUGAAGACGUUCUUUGAUGAUGAUGAAGAGACUUAUGAUAUUUCUAGUAUCAUUUGGGAUGAACUUGCAUUCAAAUUACCGUCCGCUGUCGAUGAGAAGAAGCUGACUUCUAAUUCAGCGAUUGAAUACAUGAAAAAAUUGCUAACAAACAAGAAGGGAAGCCCGAAUGAGGAGUUGUUGGAGAAGGUUUCGAAUUUCGUCGAAAAUAAGGAAGACGGCGAUGAAGAUGAGCAAUCAAGUGAAUCAGAAGACGAUGAGGAUGAGGAGGAGAUUAUAAUUGAGAAGUUUUCAAAGAUCAAAAAGAGAUCAAUAGCUCCAGAAAGGCCUAAUAGGGUUCUAGACCACCUAGCAGCGAAAACAUCGACUUCAAUUGAUAUCCAGAAGACGUCAACAUCUCAAAACGCUUCGAAAGUAAUGAAAGACGGCAUUCAAAAGACAACUCCGCUCAAAAAGCUCCCUGAAAUCGACGUAAAUCAAUCGAAGAACUGCAAGAAGUGCCUGAGAACCAGCGAAAUGUGCAACGAGGCUAAAAAAGAGCUGAAAAUGACACAGAAUAAGCUGGAAAAGUUAGAGAAAAGAACUAAAAAGGCUGGAGAGGUUGAGAAGGAGUUGAAGGCGUUAAAGUUGGGAACGAAGAAGAAGGAGAAGGAAGCGGAGAGCAGAGAAUCGGAGUUAGAGAAGGAGAAAAAGGAGAAUGAAGAGCUGAAAAUGAAGGUGUCUAGAUUGGAAGCAAAUGAGACAAGAAUGCAUUUGGCAGAGAAAAAUCAUUCGAUCAGCCAGAAUGAGCUUCUCGAGAAGAUCACAGAACUUUCGGGCCAACUGAAAAAGGAAAAGGAGAAGAACGAGUUGUUGCAAUCGGAGAAGAUUGAUGAGCUCACAGCACAAGUGAAAAGUCAAAAAGAGAGGAUGGAGCUACAAUUCCUACAAAAUGAAGAGAGACUGAAUUCGGAGAUUCGUCAGAAAGAGAGAGGUUUCCAAGAACUUCGCGCCGCUCUUAGUAUCAUGUCGAACGAGAAGGAAUCAUUCCAAAGAGAGAAUCGAAACCUUCGAGAACGAAUUGCAUCGAUUCUAGAAGCUCCGCCCACUCCAACAGUUCCAGAGUCUCUUUCCGAUGGACACCCAACUCAUCACAGAUUUGCAUUGCUCGGAUUCCAAAAAAUCAAGGAUUCGUUAUAUCACAAGAAGCAGCUCAAAAAGGCAAAGUACAUGAUUCAAAAGCUUAAAUCCUCCACGGAUCUCGUAGAAAUCCAUCAAAUCGCUGAUUACGAGUAUUAUCAAUUCGAGGGGAAACUGUUGAAAUAUACAAAAGGAGUGGAAUUGAAUAUUCAAAGAAUCCAAGAAACCUGUGAUGUAUCCACGGUUACUCCACUUCCAGAUUCUCCAGAAUUCUCUCAACGAUUUAUGAAUUUAUAUUGGAGAAUCAUCAAUAAUCAAUCAAUAACACCUUCUGAAAUUGAAGUAUCCGAUUCUGAAUGUUUCAUUUGCUACGUGGAAAUGACUUCGGAUCAGAAGACGUUACAAUGUGAGGAAUGCAAGAAAGUGACGCAUUUCGAGUGUGCUUCGAAAUGGCUCAAAAUCCACAGAUCAUGUCCACACUGCAGAAGAGAAAUGUUGGAUCCUGAAGAGUUUCCGAAUCUUGGUCAAUGA